GGCAAUGCAUCGAAUCGAUCCUUCCCGAACGUACAAGAAAAGUCAUGAGCGCUGUGAGAUGCCAACUGUUGGUUCCAGACCCUUCAUGCUUACCCUUCUCAAAUCUUCAAGAUCGCUCCACGCCCGCUGCCCUCUUCUGCCUCUCUGUUCUGUAUAUAUUGAUUAUUAAAUCCUCACAUUGCAGGGAAGAAAUCUUCAAUUCUGUAGUUUUUUAUUGGAUUCUGAUUUAGGAUUUGCAGAAGCUUGCGAAAAGGGUGUUUGGUAAUGGCGGCCUCUCGGACUCUGACCAGUUCUUCUUUCCCUGCUUUAUCUGCCAGAGCUAGGACUUCAGCUCGAGCACUUGGCCCCUGCUGUGUUCUCUUUCCUUCGACUUCCAAGUUCAAUGCUAAAAAGAGUACCACCGGUGGUUCCCUGUACGAGAGAGCUUCUCGGCUCCCAACGGUGAGGGCCGAGGCCGCCACCGGCGACGAGGAGAAUACCUCCGUUGACGUGCCUAUCACUCAGAGCACGCAAGGAACCGCCGUCGAUUGGCGACCCCGACGGCUCCCACUUGAUACCUCGCCCUUCGGUUUACUGAAUCCAUUUUCUCCGAUGAGGACAAUGCGGCAGAUGCUGGACGCGGUGGACCAGGUGUUCGAGGACGCGAUGACGUAUCCGGGCCGGAGCGGGCCGGCGGGUGAGCUGCGGGCGUCGUGGGACAUCAAAGACGAGGAGCACGAAAUCAAGAUGCGGUUCGACAUGCCGGGGCUGUCGAAGGAGGAGGUGAAGGUGUGGGUGGAGGGCGACGUGCUGGUGAUAAAGGGAGAGCGGAAGAAGGAAGAAGGCGACAACUCGUGGUGGGAGAGGAGCUCCGGCACCUACGAGAGCCGCCUGCAGCUGCCGGAAAACACCGAAAAGGAUAAGGUGAAGGCGGAGUUGAAGAAUGGGGUUCUCUUCAUCGCAAUUCCAAAGAUCAAAGUGGAUCGGAAGGUGAUCGAUGUUCAGAUUGAGUGAGGGAUUUGAAUUGAGGUCCUCUCUACAAAGAUGAAUGCAUGACACUGUUUUAUGAAUCGUGAGCUUGUUCUGUUAAUGUUUGGUUUUGUGAUGUGUUUAUUUUUUUCCUUCCCUUGGUUUACUGUUGUAUUGUUCGUGAGGAAAGCAAGGGUUUCUCUGUUUAAAUGCUAACUUUUUGUUUCGUGCCAUCAAACAAUGAAAGAAUUCUAAAGAUACAUGGAUGAAUUCUAUA